GGAGGAGGCUUUUAGGGCUUUGUUGUUAUAGUAAAGGCUGAGCCACGGUCAGCGGUUUCUCCUCACCGGGUCACAUUUUUCAUUUAGUGUUUGUUGAGGCGUGAGCGGUUAAACACGACACUGGUUUUCUUUUGGAGUGGUAUAAGAAACACGGGGAGGAAACGACACGUUAAAGGAAACAUCCAGUGAUGGUCUCCUGCAGAAGGCAGAGUAUGUGAACUUCAGACCUCUGACCCUGUAAAUGUCAAUCCUGAGGCCAGACUCCAUUAUUCCUGCUGUAAUGGAGAACCCCAGCCUGCUGCCACUCGCCCUGGCCUUGCUGGGUUUUCUGUGCCCAUGUCUCACUGGACUGACUCCCAGAGUCUCCUUCCCUAUGGAUAGUCCUGGAAGACGUCUCAUCCGCUUCAGUAACCACAGUGUCAGCAAUACCACCACACUGCUGCUCAGUGAAGAUGGAGACACGUUGUAUGUUGGAGCUCGGGAUGCUGUGCUAGCACUGAAUGUUAGCCACAAGGACACUAUCGUACUGAGGAACAAGCUGGACUGGACUCCUUCAGACGAAGAUCUUGAACAGUGUUCCAUGAAAGGCAAGAAAAUGGCCGACUGUCCCAACUUCAUACGUGUGCUGCAAUUCCUGAACACCACACACAUCUAUGCCUGUGGAACAUUUGCCUUCAGUCCACGCUGUACCUACAUUAACACAGACACACUAACAAUGAGCCUCAAGCCUGAUGAAGGAAGAGGUCGCUGCCCCUAUGACCCCUACCAACGCAACACUGCUAUCGUUGUAGAUGGAGAGCUUUAUACGGGCACUGUGGCAGACUACAGGGGAAACCGGCCAGUCAUCUCAAGGCACCUCAGCGAAGGCAAGCGUGUUGACCUGAAGUUGGAUGACACAUUAGGAUGGCUGGAGGAUCCAACUUUCGUCAGUUCCACAUUUAUUCCAGAUGAAGAGAAAAUUUACUUCUUCUUCAGCGAAGUGGGCAGAGAGUACGACUUCAUCGACAAGUUUAUUGUCUCCCGUGUCUCUCAGGUCUGCAUGAGUGAUGUGGGAGGUCAGCGGACCCUGCAGCGACGCUGGACCACGUUUGCCAAAGCUCAGCUGCUGUGCCAAGCUGACCACGAGCUGCCCUAUAAUGUGCUCUGGGACAUAGACACCCUCCCACCAGCAGAGGGAGCUCCUGUGGAUGAUACACUCUUUUAUGGCAUAUUCACCUCCCAGUGGUCUGUCAACUCUGGACGGUCAGCAGUGUGUUCCUUCCGCCUGACUGACAUCAGAUCAGUUUUUUCUGGCAACUACAAAGUCCUGAACCGGGACACAUUACAGUGGAGUGCACGGGUUCAAGAGAAGGUUGCGAAUCCAGGCGAGUGUGGCCUGCACAAUGCCUCAGACAACGCCCUGCGCUUUGUCAAAGAGAACUUCCUGGCAGACGACAGCGUGCGGCCAGUUGGAAGAAAUCUUACCAUGGUGUCUGCUGAGCACUACUAUAGCCAUCUGAGGGUCCAGAGGGUCCAGGCGGCCAACAGCAAGCACUACACUGUCCUGUUUCUGCUUACAGAGUCUGGUUAUUUGCAGAAAGUAGUGCUGCUGCAGAGAGGGGCCCAUAUCAUUGAGGAGGUUCAGGUCUUUGAGCAGCCUCAGCCUGUCAAGAGCCUGAAGCUCUCCAUACUCAAGGGUAUGAUUUAUAUCGGCACGUCGGAGGGUGUCGUGAAGGUCCCGGCAGCCAACUGCUCUUUUUACUGGACCUGUGCUCAGUGUGUUCUGGCCCGAGAUCCCUUCUGUGGUUGGGAUACUGCCAGCAGGGUCUGUGUGAUGGUCUCAAAAACACACACUAAUCUAGGCCAGGACGUAGAAAGAGGAAAUGUUGAAGAUGUAUGCAGCAGUGUGUCAUUAAAUCAUAAGACCAGAUUUGGUCCAAACAAACUGCCUGCAGCCUCGUGUCCUCCAGGUGAGCUGGUGUCGGUGUCUCUGAACGAAGUAGUGCGGCUGCAGUGUCCUGCAGCAUCACGGCUGUCCCAGCAGCUCUGGGAGCGUCCCAACAGUCGGCUGUCCUCAGACCUGUACCUGAACCUGGAGGAUGGGAGUCUGAGCUUUGUGGCCACCCCUGCCACUCUGGGCCACUACCUCUGCCUAUCCACUGAGAAUGGCUACCAACAGACUAUGGCAAUCUAUCAUGUCAAACAGAAGAGCAGCCCUUUGUCUCAAACGCCAACCAGCUACACCCAGCCUCAGACACACCCCAUACCCACCACACAAUCUAUGGCCAAGCUAGAAUCUGGACUCCACAGCUCUGUGGGAACACAGCAAGGAGAGUCUAAGCCAACAGCAUCCAACAGGAACACUCAAGUCACCACCAGACAGCUGGGCAAAAACUUGACCUUACGGACAAAAGAAUCUGGACAGAGAGAAUUAGAGUUCGAGGAUGGCGAACAACUGCUGGCAGCCCAAGCCACAUGCUACUUAAAGGAACUGGUAAUUGUGUCACUUCUGCUAGUGCUCUCCCUCAGUCUGCUGAUCACCAUCUUUCUGUAUGUUAUCAGAAAGCGCUGCUACAACAGAACAGCCCCCCAGACAGAAAGUCCAACCAUAGACUCCGACAGAAGGACCCCUGUAGAGCAGGAGGCCCUAAGGAGGAAUGAGUUUUUGAGCAAAAGGAACGGACAAGCCCUGCAAAGUGGACAUGCCAGCGAGUUAGUUUGCAACACGGCGAUUUCAGGUUCUAAUGGGCAUUUGCCCAACACCCCUAUCUGAACAGUCAGACAUUUAAGCUGUUAAAGAUGAAACCAGAGACAUUUUUAAAGAGACAUGUGGCACUCACAGAAUCCUGAUUGAAAUGGGAAAUCUUCUGCAACAGGAGAAAAUGAGUUUUUAAAACCUUUGAGGGGCAAGUAAGUGACCCUGAACAGACUUGACUUGUUGUUCUGUACAUGCAUUUUUUUUCAUGUCCUGGUGGCCAUUGAAAUUACAUUUCAUUGUAGUUCAUGCUCCAGGGUAACUGGCCAAAUAAGUGCCCGUAUGCAUUUCAAGGCGGCUACCGAGUGCCUCCUGCAGGACUGUGAUGAGAUCAGAGGUUUUACUUUGGUAACAAGGUGUAAAUACUGAGGACGGUUAUCAUAAUUGGUAAGAUAUGGAUACAAUCUUACUAAUGAAUCAAGGAACUGUGGGUGGGUGUGUGGGGUUGCUUAUUUAGCUAAAUCAUUCACUGGCGUCUUUUAGAUGAGCAUCCUUGUACUGGGGUAAGAGACAUGGGAAGAAAUUGUCCUCAGAAAGAUAAAGCUUUAAGCAUUACACCCAAGUGCCAGAGCGUCACUCUAACCUAAACCUAUUUCUAACUUUUACCCUGAAACUAAGUCUUAACCCUCAAACAGGCCUUUGUAGGGUGUCAGAAAGUUCUUACACAAUUUCACUGCUGUGGUCUCAUAUACCAGGACAGCAACACGUACAGAAGAAAAACCAGCAUGACCAUAAACACAGCACAGAAUCAGGAUUAGAUAAAGAAAUGAAAUCCAGUAUUUUCUGUUCUUUUUCUUUUCUUUUUUUUUUUUCAUUUUUGUGUGAAUGGACAGUCCAGAAAUUCACCUGUUCUGCACAGCCGCAUUUUGAACAGGCACAGUCUCUGUGUAAGUGCGUGUGUGUCUGUGUGCAUUAUGUGUGUUUUGCAGCUUCCCAGUCCAUUAUAUACUGGGCCGAUGUAUUGUUGGGGGCUGAAUGAACUGCUGUUUGUGUUUGGAUGAGCAGUUCUCAUAAUUGACUAAAUAACUGACUUUUCUGUAACACUUUCACACCUACUGAUUGCACAGCGUUAGAGUUGCAUGUCAGCUGUUUGGGGAAGUUGUAGCAAUGCAAUUCACCACCACAAAUUCUCAGUAUGUGGGAAUAACUGGAAUGAAGUUUGGGCGCAGUUGUGAAAAGAUUGAUUUUUUUUUUUUUUUUUUUUUUUUAUCAAUUGUUUCUGGUCACCUUAGCUUUGGUCAGUGAGUUCAGUUUGUGGGUUUUGUUUUUGUCUUUUGUUUGUUUCUUUUUGGCAACAUUCAUUCAGUGAUUGUAUCCUCGAUGUCCUGUUUUCAGUUGGUACAAUGAAAGACGUCCUACCUGCGGUACUCAAAUGAAGAUGUAACUGUCGAUAUGGCUUUAACACGUUGGGACGUUCUGAAUAUUCUGUGGUGUUUUCAUUUGCUAGCACAAGAUGAUAAAGGUACAGAUGUGUCCAGCACAGCUGCUUCUUCAAAUACUUUUCUAGAGUAGUCCAAUGCAAGGCUGAUGACUGCCAGUUACGCAAUUUUUUUUAAACAGACGGGGGGAAAAAAUCUUAUAUUUUCAAUUCCCAGAUCAAUGUUUUCAUCAGAUGUGAGAAUCAGAAAUUUUAUACACAGGUGUGUGUGCUUGUGUGUGUGUGUGUGUGUGUGUGUGUGUGAGAGAGAGAGAGAGAGAUGUUCACAUAACUUUGUAGCAGAUGGUCGGAGUGAGUCAGGCAAGUGUAUUAUUUUUUUGUGACAUGGUAUUACAAACAAAAUGUGAAUGUGCCUUGGCUACAUGUUAUGUGAUAAUCCUGUGGAGCUGUUUUUACCGCUGAUCGCCAUUUGGACACAUCAAUGAAAAAAUGCAUCCACAGCUGUAAUGACGACUCAGCAUAUUUACGUGCACUUCAAUAAACCGGUUUC